GUUUCUAACGGACAAUCGUCUGGGACGGAGCGUCUCAGAUAUCAUCAAAGCAAACUUCCGGGAUCCACAUCCGAAUUGGAAGCUUACACCAGACCACGUUCAAAGGACUUGGUACAAAUGUUUUGCGUUUAUCCCGAGGAAGAGGGGACGGAUGAUCAAGAUUGGUAUGGUGAACGAUGUCCCGAGGGCUAGAGCAAAAUGCUGCAAGACUGCAUGA